CCGCCCCUCCGGGUGGCCCUCCGGGUCUGUGACUGGUCGGCGUCGUGCCUGGGGGCACCGCCAUCCAGGCGGCGCGCGGCGGGGCGGGGCUCCCGGAAGCUGCCCAUCCCGCCAGCUUGCCGGCACCUCGGAGCCCGCGCUAGUGGACUGAGGACACCGGCGUGUCUUCCGCGCUCUCCCCGCCGGCCCGUCACCCCUGCCUCACGCCCGAUGGUGAGCAGUGUGUUGUGCCGCUGCGUGGCUUCCCCGCCGCCGGACGCCGCCGCCACCGCCUCGUCGUCCGCCUCAUCGCCGGCGUCCGUGGACCCUUGCGGCGGCGCCGUCUGCGGGGGCCCGGACCACCGGCUGCGCCUUUGGAGCCUUUUCCAGACUCUCGACGUCAACCGCGACGGCGGCCUGUGUGUCAACGACCUGGCCGUGGGACUUCGGCGCCUGGGACUGCACCGCACAGAGGGCGAGCUCCAGAAAAUUGUACAAGCUGGCGACAAAGACCUCGAUGGGCAGCUAGACUUUGAAGAGUUUGUCCAUUAUCUCCAAGAUCACGAGAAGAAACUGAGGCUGGUAUUCAAGAGUUUGGACAAGAAGAAUGAUGGACGGAUCGACGCGCAGGAGAUCAUGCAGUCCCUGCGGGACCUGGGAGUCAAGAUAUCUGAACAGCAGGCAGAAAAAAUCCUCAAGAGCAUGGACAAGAAUGGCACGAUGACCAUCGACUGGAACGAGUGGCGAGACUAUCACCUCCUGCAUCCCGUGGAAAACAUCCCUGAGAUCAUCCUGUACUGGAAGCAUUCCACGAUCUUUGACGUGGGUGAGAAUCUGACGGUCCCCGACGAGUUCACGGUGGAGGAGAGGCAGACGGGGAUGUGGUGGAGACACCUGGUGGCUGGCGGUGGGGCGGGGGCCGUAUCGAGAACCUGCACGGCCCCCCUGGACAGACUCAAAGUGCUCAUGCAGGUCCACGCCUCCCGCAGCAACAACAUGUGCAUCGUGGGUGGCUUCACCCAGAUGAUUCGAGAAGGAGGGGCCAAAUCACUCUGGCGCGGCAAUGGCAUCAACGUCCUCAAAAUUGCCCCCGAGUCGGCCAUCAAGUUCAUGGCCUAUGAACAGAUCAAGCGUCUCGUUGGGAGUGACCAAGAGACUCUGAGGAUUCACGAGAGGCUUGUGGCAGGGUCCUUGGCAGGGGCCAUUGCCCAGAGCAGCAUCUACCCGAUGGAGGUCCUGAAGACCCGGAUGGCCCUGCGCAAAACAGGCCAGUACUCGGGCAUGCUGGACUGCGCCAGGAAGAUCCUGGCCAGAGAGGGCAUGGCCGCCUUCUACAAAGGCUACAUUCCCAACAUGCUGGGGAUCAUCCCCUACGCUGGGAUAGACCUGGCUGUCUACGAGACACUCAAGAAUGCCUGGCUGCAGCGCUAUGCAGUGAACAGCGCAGACCCCGGCGUGUUUGUGCUCCUGGCCUGUGGCACCAUGUCCAGCACCUGUGGCCAGCUGGCCAGCUACCCACUGGCCCUGGUCAGGACCCGGAUGCAGGCCCAAGCCUCCAUUGAGGGCGCUCCGGAGGUGACCAUGAGCAGCCUCUUCAAACAGAUCCUGCGGACCGAGGGGGCCUUCGGCCUGUACCGGGGGCUGGCCCCCAACUUCAUGAAGGUGAUUCCGGCCGUGAGCAUCAGCUAUGUGGUGUACGAGAACCUGAAGAUCACCCUGGGUGUGCAGUCGCGGUGACGGGAGGGAGGCCAGCCCGCCCGCGGACUCGCUGAUCCUGGGCCUGCAGCCCCGGGAUGUGUAGCCAUCUCAUUCUGUGAAUGUGCCAACACUAAGCUGACUUAAGCCAAGCUGUGAAAACCCUGGGAUGCACCUGCAGGGGUGGGGGCAGAGCCGGCAGGCCCACUGGGUCUGUCCUGCUGACCCUGGCUGACCCUCGUGUCCAUUCCAGGGAAGACCUGUGGGUGUUCCUCAGGGUCCAGGGCUCAGCAGGACACAGGCUCGCGUGCGUGGGGACAGGACAUUUCCUGUGCUGCCUGCCGAAUAGCUGGGCUGGGAGGCUGGCUUAGUUCUUCCAUCGCGUCCUCGCAGCCAGACCAUUGGCGCGGGGUGCCUUUGGGCCUGCUGAGCGUCCUCCCCGGGCCCACCUUGCUUCCUUCCUUGCUGCUGUUUUAAAUGGUAGGAGGAGGGCCCGCAGCCCACUCCCCCUGCCACGCUGCUCCUCUCCGCCCAGUCCGUGGGGAAGGGUAGUUCUACCUGACCUCAGCCCGACUUCCCAACCGGCAGCGCAGCCACUGGCAGGGAAGAGGGAGGAGUCUGGCUUCUGAGCUGCCCCGCAGACGGGCACCUGGAUGCCCGUGUGCAUGAUGAGGGCAAGGCUGCCUGGCGUCCUGGCGCAUGGCUUCAUGGGUCCUGGAACCCAGAGGGCCUCUGCUCCCUGCUGCUGGGGGGCUCAUGGGGCUCUGAGCUGGCCCUGGCCUCUGUCAGGACUGGCACCAGCUCAGAACCAACUCCCUCUCCCUCCCCGCUGGCAUGAGGGCAGUGGGCGUUGUGUUGAAGCAGGAAGGGCAGUUUCUGCCCUGAGUCUGCACGCCCUGGUGAGAGGAGGAAAAGGUGUUCAAGGCCUUAAUUAUGUAUUGUUGGAAAAAGGGUUUUGUUCAGAAAAACAAGCUGGACAAAUGUACAAGUUCUGUUCUUCCAGGGGGAAGACAAAGAGAGCCAAUGGCUUGGCUGACCGCGUUAAAGUCUGUUUCUGAUGCCCCGGGGAUUCGUGUCCAAUCCCAACUGGGGCAAAGUGGGACCAGCCUCACAUUCCACUGAUGCAACGUAUCACACUGCUUGGAGCCUAUUUAUUUUGUAUUUAUUUGAACAGAGUUAUGUCCUAACUAUUUUUAUAGAUUUGUUUAAUUAAUAGCCUGUCAUUUUCAAGUUCAUUUUUUAUUCAUAUUUAUGUUCCUGGUUGACUGCACCUUCCCAACACCUGUGAGGUGGGAUGGGAAGAGGAAGGAGGGGGCCGUGGGAGUGACCCUUCUCGCUGCUGCACCAUGUCUGUCCAAAGAAAUUCCUUUCGGAACUGGUGACAGAAGAAAGGCAAGAAGGCAGAAGGGCUCUGAUCACGGAGAGACAGUCCUUUGGCAGGUCAGGGCGGGGCCAGCACCUAGGAAUAGGAAGCCUUAGGAUCUGAGGGUUUGAUCAGGGGGCAGGAAGAGGGGGGGAAAUCUCAACCCUGUUGAAGAUGGAAGUCCAAAUCAUUUCUUGGACUGGGAGGGAUUUCUUUAUUCACCCUUUUUGAAAGACAAGGCAGUGAGGUGCCUAUCACUGUGAGUUUGGGGUGGGGGCCAGAGGAGAGGGCGGCCGGCUCCCCACCUGUACCUGUGAAGCGGGCUCCCUCUGUCCUGGGCCCCCCGCUACCCCUGCUCAGUAAUGCUGGUCAACGUGCAACGGCACAGCCACACUUCCAUUCACCGGAACGGCCUGAUGGGGACAAUUUAAAUAGGAUGCAAAGAUCAAUGCAAGAUUUAUUGUUAUAUAUAAAUAGUUAUAACUGGAAUUGGUGACAAAGCAAAUUAAGAAAGAAUUGGAAGUUGUCAUUUAAAACAGCCUUCUAAUAAAGUUGUUUCAGAGCUGA